CAUCAUUUGCAACCUAACAAGCGAAAGAUUUAGUAGACGAGUUCAUACACCCGAAUGUAGCUCGACUUACACAGCAGCCAUUAAUUUGAUGCUAUAUUCAUAUCUUCUCCGUCAAGUUUCGUGUGUAGUCAAGUUCUAAACGUCGACUCUUACGGUUGAAUACCGCAGCAGUCGGACUUUCAUUCCGGUCAUUUACAUAGUGAAAUUUACAAUGUCACACAAAUUGAUUUGCCUUUUGGCGAUUUGUACACUGUGUGCGUUAGUGAUCACCACUGAGGCGCGAGGUGGCCGCGGUCGUAGCGGCUCGUUAGGUUCCGCCUUUUAUAGGCGCUCGCACAAGAAACAAACCUCUUCAGGUGGAGGUAGCUCAAGGAGGAAAAUUAUCAGCGCCUCGCCAGUGCACACGGACUACACGAACUCAAUGUUGGCUGCACAGGCCACUGAUGAGAAGUUUGCAAGACAUCGAUCGCGUCACCGUCACAAUAAUCACAAAAGUACGGGCAGCCCUAGUAACUCCAACAACCACAAGAAUCAAAAACACGAUUCAGCACACGAAAAUCACAACAGCCACACCCCUUUGGGGAAACAAACUCAGCAUAAUACACACAGUUUGUAUCCUUUGGGAUCGAGUGCUAUGCAUCAUGGCACUCAUGCUGUCAACCCGUAUGUUACCCACAACUGGGGUGGACACCAAUUACCACCUGGACAUGUCUACGUCACGCAACCAUCCAGCAUACCAACCAAUGCUGUGUACUAUGCACAGGCACCGACGCAUACAAAUAACGACGAUUCGGCAGAUUUUGCUUUGGGUUAUCUAGUGGGCCGUAGUCUUACACGCACGCGUCAUCACCACCAUCAUCACUACGAACAACAACCGCAAGCGCAGGCCAACAAUGAGACACAACCGAAAAUUGUUAUAGUAGAAACUCAAGCGAAUCCAACAGUUGUAGCACCCACUACAAAUCAAACCAAUUAUUGGCCCACUGACUCUGAAGUAGCCUUGGCACCGCUCAACAGCACAUUGAUACCAAAUGGCGUAUCACAGUCGACAGAGCCUAUAUUUAAAAGUCCACCCAUUAUCAGCGCUCAGAAGCUUACGGCCGAGAAUGCAACCUUCGAACUGCCGUCAGCUACAGCAGCACCGCCUGAAACACCGCCCACAAAUGGCAUUAUCUGCAUGCCAUGGAACUUCAAUGAAACUGAUCCAUCGAACCCGGAAAAUGUUAUUGUUGUGCAGAAAACAAUUUGCUUUCCCGCGCCACCAGCACCACCCGCACCGCCUACCACCCCCGUGGCACCGAUCGCUGGUGAUAUUGAUGUUGAUCCACCUGCAACAACAACAGCAACCACUGCUGCCUCUAGUUAAAUUCUUUGAUUUUGCUGAAAAUAAUAGUUGAUAUUCAGUUAUAUAAUAUUUAGUCAGAUCCAUGUUUCAGUUUGAAUUUUUUUGUUUUAAUAUCAACACUUUGGAACCUUAGUGAAGAAAUAAAAUGAGAUUUUUUUUAAUAUUGA